CGAAACCCUCCCCUAUGUCCCUCUGUCUCUCCCGGUUUCCGCCAAAACCAUAGCCUUCGUGACUGAACCCUCGGAGACUACCGAAACUCCCAUCCAGGUAGGCCUGUUCGCGCCAUUGUCUCAACAGCAAGAUUCAGAGAAUCCGGAAUUUACGGCCGAAAUCUGUGAAAUCCGGAUUUAUCAAAGUCACGGUUUUAUUUUAUCCAAACUGACCGACUGGCAAGAUUUAGCCUAAAUCCAGGUUAAUUCCUGGUCUAAAUCCGGUGCCAGAGAGCUCCUUGCUCUGAGAACUUUAUGGCCUUAACUUGAGAAAGGGGAUCGUGAUAAGAGGAUAAAGAAAGUUCGGCAUCGACGGCUGCUGCAGCUUCCAACUUAAUAUAUAUCUAUUAGAAAGGAUAAAUUUGGAACUCAGCUUCGUACUUGUACCGGUCAUUUUCCCAGGUAUCAGUUGGAAGUGGUACCAACCAUGAAUAAAGCACGAACACUAGAAAUAUUAGCUCGAGAACCUGAAGGAUUCUCCAUUUGGAGUGGGCCUCCAUUCAAUGAUGGUCAACCAAAGGUCAGACUUGGGAGAGUUCCUUGCUCUGCUGCAAAAUACAGUGAAAACGGUUCGAGACUUAUGGUGACAGAAAGCAACUCAACAAUUUGUGUUUAUGAUUGCAAUAGCUCCACUAAGAUCAAAUCCUUUGAUAUACCUGCUGUGUCUGCUUCUACUCUGUCCCCUUGCGGAACUUAUCUCCAAACAUUCCAAAAAUCUUCUACGCCCCAAGAGAAGAAUGUGGUGCUUUGGUUGAUAGAAACUGGAGCUGCUGUUUAUCAACACUUUCAGAAGAAUAUGACGAAAACCACAUGGCCUGUAAUCCAAUUUAGCUCUGAUGAAUCCAUUGCCUGUCGGAUGUCAACAAACGAGAUACAAUUUUUUGACGGAAAGAAUUUUUCCAAGGGAAUUAUAUAUAGGCUGAGAGUACCUGGGGUGACGGCAGUAGAGCUUUCAAAGACUCCUGGAUCUCAUAUUGCUGCUUUUUUUGCAGAAUCAAAGGGUGUUCCUGCCAGUGUCCAGAUCUUUUCCUGUAAUCAAGAUGGACAGGCAAAUCCUGUCGCCAGAAGAAGCUUCUUCCGGUGCUCUAGCAUACAACUAAACUGGAACCAUGGCUCUACAGGUCUUCUGGCUGUUGCCCAGUCUGAUGUGGACAAAACAAACCAGAGUUAUUAUGGAGAGUCUAAGUUGAAUUACUUGACAACAGAUGGGAGUCAUGAGGGACUUGUUCCACUCAGGAAAGAGGGUCCCGUUCAUGAUGUUCAAUGGGCACCCUCGGGCUCGGAAUUUGCCGUUGUCUAUGGAUUUGUUCCUUCAAGCGCAACAAUAUUUGACAAGAAAUGCCGCCCAUUGCUUGAGCUGGGUACAGGUCCUUAUAAUACAAUCAGAUGGAAUCCGAAAGGAAAAUUUCUAUGUUUGGCAGGUUUUGGUAACUUACCUGGUGAUAUGGCAUUUUGGGAUUAUUCAGAGAAAAGAUUACUUGGAACCACAAAAGCAGAAUGCUCCGUCAGUAGUGAAUGGUCACCUGAUGGACUCUAUUUUAUGACUGCUACAACAGCACCAAGGCUACAAGUAGACAAUGGGAUUAAGAUCUUCCACUACAACGGGUCCUUAUAUUUUAAGAAAAUGUUUGAGAAGUUGUACCAGGCUGAUUGGAAGCCGGAAGCACCUGAAAAGUUUGGAGAUAUUAUGGAUCUUGUCAUGUCUCUUUCCACCAUAAAGAUUGAUGAAACCAAAACACAAGCAUCACAAGCAUCAGCUAAAGGUAAGGUUUCAAUGAAUGCAUCACAAACCUCUUCGAAGGUUUCCACAAACACUGUGCAGAAACCUGCAGCAUAUCGUCCACCACAUGCUAAGAAUGUUGCUGCUGUUAAGGCAGAGCUUUUUGGAGGAAUAUCUCCUACAGAAGAAAUAAACAAAAAUGCAAUGAGAAAUAAGAAACGCAGAGAGAAGCAGAGGGAGAAGAAGGCCGCUGAAGCAUCAUCUGCUGCGUCUGAUGGUAAUUGAUUGCAGAAUUCUUUUACUUUUUGGCGUUAAAUUGUUAUCUUUGGAAUUGUGGUGUUUGUCAGUGUGAGGUGUGAGAGGAGUUAUAUAUGAACUAAUUCCCCCUUUUUGAGUAUUGUAUUAUUAUUAUUAUUAUUUACUUUGGCUGUAACUGAUUCGAAUAAAAUUGAAGUAAUU